AUGCCAGUCAAACCGUUCAAGAAAAGCCCAGACGUCUCGUUCGACGACAUCGACUACCGCGACCCAUUGGAGCUGAAAAAGGCCCAGGAGUCGCUCAUGAGAGAGCAGUUUAUCAAGGUGGAGGUGCUGAAGAUCGUGAGAAAGGCUCUUGAGAACUGCUUCAGAGUCAACGGCCCGAACGCACACGAGGAGUGCCGCAACCUCGCCAACAGAUACCUGGACCUGCUGCCAGAGAGUCGCGCACAGGGAUAUCUGGGCUACCAGCGCAACGACCCGUCGAAAUAG